AUGGACUUGCGGCCGGACGUUUCCCAUGCUGACGAGGCUAGAGAGAGCGACACGAAUGGUGGCCGUCUCAUUUACGACUCUAUCAUGAGUCGCUCCUGUCGCUACUCGGUCAUGAACGAUGACACGUUGACCAUCCAAUUGGAUGAUCCAUUGUCUCCCGCCUUCUUGAACGGUGAUACGGAAACUCGUCUACAGCUUUACCAUCGCCCAAACACCCCUCGACAAUUUUCCAAAACUCAUCCUGGUGUCGAAGAGGACAUGCACAUCAAUGACGAAUACACUCCUCCCGAGAUGUACUCUGAGUUGGAAGAGUUCGAAGUAGAACUACUUCACCAGCCUUUACCUCUUGAUCUGCCAACUGUGAAGAAGAAACUUCUCAUUUGCAUGGCGGCCUUUGAAGGAAAUAUCGAUCGUUACGUCAGGCUGUCACGGCCAACGCGUGGUAUUGACCGUGAGGAGACUCUCUGCAUUGUCCGCGGAAUCUACCAUCAUACGAUGUUCGCCCGCUGGUGGGCUGGAGAAAUCACCCAGAACACGACGAGAGUCCAGGCCAUCAGGAACACUGAGACAGGCCAUAAAUCUCUUUCCAUGAUUCAAGAAGCCAUCUCAGCCCGACGGAUCAUGAUCAAUGAUCCAAAGGAGUUUGUUGAGAAUGGCUGGCCGGCUGGCGCGCCUAAGCCGUACCUUAUCUGGUGGCCACUCCGUCCAACUCGGGAUAUGAUGGAUUUAUUGGCAGAGAAAGUACCAGAGAUGACCGAGCAAAUUGCUGUGGCCGCGAUCUACUGCGACUAUCACGACGUCUAUCGACGACUGCAGCCAGAGCCCAACUGGCGCCUCUGCGCCGCCGCUCGCGACUCUCAUAACCCUUUCUACCUUCAGGACCUUCUGAAGCGGGCGACCGAACGACACAUCAACCUUGACGCUUCGAGUGAACAAGAUCCCGAUGGCAAGUGUCUAGGUCUGGACAUGGAACCAACGGAAAUUUUCAAUUACUAUGAACGACAGGAGGUCCACAACUUCAUCACAAGCAGAGAAGGGCCGUACGUUGGCUUCGGUCCAGAUUGUCGCAUGGCAGAAGUUGGUGUUUGGGAUAGCAGGGGACUUCCUGAAUAA